AUGGCGCUUUUCAACAAUUCUUUCUCAAGAACUUACCAUCACUUAUUUGUCGAAUUAGCUGAUCCGAGAACAAACGACUGGUUUCUAAUAAAAGAUCCGUUGCCCGGUCUCACUAUCAUCGGCCUGUACCUAUACUUCUCGUUGAAAUGGGGGCCGAGGUACAUGGCAGACAAGAAACCCUUCCAAUUACAGAAGACUUUAGUCCUUUAUAAUUUCAUACAAGUCAUCGUUAGCGUAUGGUUGUUCCAUGAGGGCCUCGACGCGGGCUGGUUGAGGACUUAUAGUUGGAAAUGUCAACCGGUUGACUUCUCAAGAACGCCGGAGGGUAUGAGAGUUGCGAGAGGGGUCUACAUAUACUUCCUGGCAAAAAUGUCUGAACUACUCGACACGAUUUUCUUCGUUAUCAGGAAAAAGGAUAGACAGAUUACUUUCCUCCAUAUGUACCAUCAUACUGUGAUGCCCAUGAUAUCCUGGGGAGCCACCAAGUACUACCCUGGAGGUCAUGGCACCCUCAUCGGAGUUAUAAACUCCUUCGUUCACAUUAUUAUGUACACCUACUACAUGUUCUCAGCUAUGGGACCCCAGUUCCAAAGGUACCUGUUCUGGAAGAAAUACAUCACUACAUUGCAAAUGCUCCAGUUCUGCAUCGCCUUCCUCCACUCUGCGCAGCUGCUCUUCUACGACUGCGGCUACCCUCGCUGGUCCGUCGUCUUCACUCUACCUAACUCCAUCUUCUUCUACUACCUCUUCUACGAUUUCUACUACAAGGCGUACGGCAAACCUACCAAGAAGGGAGAUGAGAAGAAAACUGACGCUAAAGAAAUAACGAGUAAUGGCCAUGCGAAUGGCAAAGUCGCUGCUAAUGGUCAUGCCAAUGGAACCGCUAAUGGCAAAAAGGUUGCCAAUGGCAAGAAGGUUGAAUAA